UGUGAACAGCGGCGGCGGUGCGUCUACCGCUCUUCUCGCCGUAACCUCCCAGUUUCUGAUUCGCGAUCCCCUGAUGUCUUCUCCCUCGGCACCUUCAGUUAGCUCACUGAAACAUGCUGAAAAUAAAGGGCUGGCACAUGUCAGCGCGAGCUUGUCUUUCAUCCUCAUCUUUGUCUUCGUGGGCUUGCCCGUGUGGUGGAAAACGACAACAGUCUACCGGGUGAACCUGCCGUACGAUGAAAUUGAGGCACUGAGCACCGUGACGACUGUACACCGUAUAAAGGUAGAAGUGGUGCCGUGUUACGCCAGUGUGCCAGUUCACAAAGGAUUUAUUCAACGUCUCGAGGAGGCCAGCAGACGAGAUGCAGCAAACAUUGCUGAGGUUAGCUUUGCCUAUGAAUGGACCGUGCGAGAAGCCCAUCAGAAUGAAACGACACUUUUUACAAAACAGCUGUCCGAUGUUGAUGAAGUUCUCCACAAGACAGACCUCUUCAAAUCUCGAAACCAGCUGUAUGUUGUUAUAGCUCCAGAAGGAAGCACUGAUGAGUCUGUGACUGUUGGACUACACCAGAUUGUAUAUGUGAAGGCCAAAAUUGAUGUUGGCAUCCUGUGCAACAACAUCGUCAGUGCUGUGAGGCAGUAUGCCAUCAGGGAGAGCACACUGAAGAGAUUACACACCUCGCACAAGGCCACAGAGCGAGCAAAGCUUGACAAGGAACGCAUGAGACCCUUGAGCGCAGCCACAGAGUUUGACGUGACAUUCACGCUUGUGGUUCCCGAACCGCAAACCCUGGACGUCUCAUGGCGAAUAGAGGAUGCAGUUGAAGUGUAUUUGAAGCCGUUUCUGGAAAAGAUCUCACUGGUUGCCAAGGUGCACGUCAAGAGUCAGGUGUUGUUUCUCACUCCACUGAAAUUAAGGCGGCGCUUCAACCAAACAAGUGGUGCAUACAUAGCAACGGCUGACCAACUUUCGUUGAUCAUAAACCCAAUCGAAGGAAGCACUGGAUUUCAAGCGUCAAUUCGUCCCGUUCUCAACUUUGUUGUCUACGUGGUGCCACAAACUCAUUAUCCGCUCUACAUAUACGACGACCAAGGCAACCAGCUGCAGACCAACUCAUUUCUGUCACCCAAGUGGGGUGGUGUCCUGUUCUACAAUGUCGCCAAGUUUCCAGGUCCUGGUGACACUUUGCCUCAGCCUGUAGAGAUUGACAUGCGCUCCGUAUUUCAAGUGUUCCUGGCCCAGCUCAGUCUUCUGGUUGGCCUGCCUGAUAAGAGCUAUGAUCGCGCAGUGCACUACUUGGAGAGCCCAAUGCCUUCAUAUUUGGAUGUUGCAUUCCUUCUUAGGCGUAGGACUCAGGACUAUUUGUCCAUGUCUAGCUCUUCACUGAAGUCUCUCUCGGAAUUGCUUAGCAAGAUCUCCAAUAUCGUAGUCAAGGAUGAAAUCGGGGAACUUAUUUACUCGUCUGUAUCAUACGCAAAACAAAGCUUCGAUCUUUUGAACAGAGGAGAUUUGGAGAACGCUUUCCGAAAUGCUGAGGCUGCAUUUUUGGCCUCUGAGAAAGCCUUCUUCGAUCCCUCGUUACUGGCGCUUCUAUAUUUUCCCGACGAUCAAAAAUACGCCAUCUACAUUCCUCUAUUCCUGCCCAUCAGUCUGCCUGUUGUGCUGUCAAUACGUGGCCUUUGGUGUUACUACAAGAACAGAAAAACGCCAAAAACAGAGAAGCAAGACUAAGCAGUGCUAUUUAAACCACAUAGCUUAAGUUAUAUUGACAACUGUAAAAAAUGUAAAAUAUAUGUACGACCAACGCUUUUGUAUAGA